AUGGACGCUGGGCUUUCGGCUAUAAACACCAACAACAGGACUGCGCGCUCUCAGGUGCGGAAUCAGCUACUUAGCAAUGAUUACGGCGACUUUAGCGCGGGUGACGAGCAGCCAGUAAUGGCCAACAAUCAAAUGUAUCAACAACAGCAGCCUUACUGGAAUGGUCCUCGUGGAAAUUACCCAGGAGGCUACGGCCCAGCAAGGCAGAAUUUUCAGCCUCAACGGCGACCUCGCACGCCAGCUGGUCAACCGUCGGGCGGAAAAUACUCGCUUCAAGCCGGUGGAAUUACGAAUUUGUGGAAGUUCAGGCAAGGUAAGUCUCGCGCUGGGGGUGGGGGUAGCGGCGGUAGAGACAGCGAUGAUGACGAGGAAAUUUACGUCGCCGACGCAGACUCCUCACUCGUGACUUUUAAUGAUAUUUCGUCACUUAGAAACAACGGAGGGCACAAGUACGGCCUGGGCGGCGCCAUGGACGAUACUUCGCCUAUCAUACCGACCGUUUUAACCACGAAGCAUGACAACAUGACCAGCACUGAGUACAGAAAACACCUCGCGAACCAAAAAAAAAUGGCCUUCAGUGCGCUAUCUAAACAAGCAACAGCACCAAUGGGAGGUCCUGGGGUGAAUGCCGGUCCUCGCACAAUGUCUCUUCAGAGCUCUCAUAAUUCAUAUCAGCCUUUCGCGCGUCAACAAAUGCCACCAGUCAUGGAUCCAAAUUACGGGCGGGCGAACUCAAUGAUGUCUGGACGACCGCCCCAAAUGCGACCAAUGAAUUACCAAGGGUAUGGCCCUCCACCAGCUAAUGGACCGCCACCGGGCAAUGGCCCUAGGGCGAUGUCUCUAACCAACGCGAGGAGGCCCGCUAUGCAACCUACUGGACCUCCUCAAAAUUAUUCUAAAUUCAAUGCUCCACCCUACCCGAAUAACAGAAACCCUGUGCCGCAAAACAUGAGGAACGUGGCUAAUGCACCAAAUAAGGCAUACAACAUGCCCGGGGGAAGGAUGCCAAACAUUUACAUAGGACAGGAAAGUGCACCUGCAACUUCUUCCUCAUUGGACAGUACAAACAGUUUCAACUCGGCUCCUCAUCUAGAGGAGACCCCAGGAAGUCAGUUUGCAGAUGACGCUGUAGCAAUCGAGCCGGAAAAGCCAAUCGGCGGGGAAAAGUUUUUACAAAAUUAUGCGCCAGGUUCUGAUUUACCGUCCGCACCGAGAGUUAAUGUGCUUAAACUUUCUGAUCAGCAACAAAGCCUUGCGAAUGAGCAUUUGAACGAUACUUUCGACUCUAAAAAAAAAUGGUCUCAACCAUAUGAACAAAGGCCCACGGUGCAGGGCCGCCAAUACAGCGAAGACCAUAGAGAUUUCGAUCGGCGUAGCUCGAGCUCAUUAGGGAACGCAAUGAAGAGAAUAUCUUUGAAUGAGUCCCCUCAGCUCUUGUCGCAACAACAGAGGGCUUCUGCAAGAGAAAGAAGACAAGAAAAGACCCAGUCAACGUCCACAUUCAUGUCUUCUUUAAGUUCAGAGUCUCCUUUGAAGAAGAAAGGCACGUCAUCAGGUCUUUACAAAUUAGAAAAUGGCACUGAUGCGAACGCAUAUUUCACAGCGUCUGAAUUUCCUAGUAACAACGAAAGUCAUGAUGAUUAUGAUGCUAAUGUGUCUGAUGUCACCAUCAAAGAUGGACAACAAGGUGGCACAAGUAAUCGAUCCGAAGAAACCUUUAACAGUAGAAGGGAUGCAAACAAUGACCAAGACAAGCCUAAAAAGCUUGGCAAAGCACGCAAUUUUUUGAAGCGCCUUUCCUCGAGACAGAGCCGGUCCGAAGACAUUCCAGAGGACGAAUUGUCUUUUGCCGAAGUUACGAGUAGUCGAAAGUCUAGCGCAGGAAGCAUGAUUCAGGCGAAGGUCAACUCAUCAGGAUCUAGUAAACCUUACGAGCCGAAGAUAGAGACCGCACAAAAAAGAAGGUCUUUCCAUUCACUAUUCUCGAAUUCGUCGCUCGGUAACUUACACGCAAUUGAAUCGACCGAAGUUCGAGGGCUUUCCAAAAACUCCAGCGAAAAGAGCUUUGGAAUAAAUCAGGAGCAUUUUAACUCCGAUGCAGCUGAACGGCCCAUGGAGGUUCACCUUUCCCAGUCAGUUGACGAUCAACAAAAUGUUGAACAUCGAGACCUAGAAUCUCAGAUACGUGAAAGCGCUGAGGACGACUUCAAUUUCGACAAUUCCGUCAAUCAGCCUUAUAAACCGCUGUAUGCCUCCGCCAGCGAGCUGUCGCCCAUACUUGAACAGAAAGUGCCAGGCGCGAAAUUCAAGACAGUUUAUAUUUCGGGCUCCCAAAUCGGCAUCAUUCAAGAAAAUGUUCAAUUAAUUGGUGAGCUUGAACUACUUUCAAAGGAACUAGCAGAAUCAAUAGCGCGCGAAGCGAGCCUCGAAGAACGUAUUGCUAACAGCACAGAGACUUUGUCGACACCUCAGGGUCUCACAUUGGCAGACUUCGAGAAAGAGCUGAGGAAAAAAUCUUCCAAGGUUGUUGAACUCAUACAAGCGCUUAAUGACGAGCGACUGAAGCGUUUCAUUGCAGAAGAGCAGGUUUUACUUCAAGAGAACGGUGCCAAGCCAAACGCCUUGGAUUUGGUUUAUAAGAUUGACCAGCUCAACAGGAACGCUAAAGACAAAGAUCGUGAAAUUGAGGCGCUGAAGUUAAAACUGGAAUCUUUGAGCUGA